AUGGCCGACAAAUCCAAAAAGUUUCCCGACGUCGAGGGCGGUGGCAGUCUUAUCCUGGCCUGGCAGAUCAAGGGAAAGAAGGUUUUGGUCGUUGGAGGCGGCGAGGUUGCCGCCGGUCGAAUCCUCAACUGCCUCAAUGCAGACGCCAAUGUCACCGUCGUCUGUCCCGCCUCUGGCUUCAACCCCGAGGUCGCUCAUCGCGUUGCUCGCGGCGAGGUCACACAUGUCGACCGUCUCUUCGAGCCAACCGACCUCGAUGGCGCCGACAUGGUUCUCGUUGCCAUUGACGACCCUGCCGCCUCUACAACCAUCUGGAAGCUGUGCAAGGAGAGGAGAAUACCCGCAAACAUUGCCGAUGUCCCUCCCGAAUGCGACUUCUACUUUGGCAGCGUCCACCGCGACGGCCCCCUCCAGAUCAUGGUCAGCACCAAUGGCAAGGGCCCGAGGUUAGCUGCCAUCAUCCGACGCUUUGUCGCCAAGCAGCUCCCCAAGAAUGCUGGAAAUGCCAUUGAGGCCAUUGGCACCCUCAGAGGCAAGCUGCGCAAGAUUGCCCCCACCCCAGAGGAAAGUCCCAAGCGCAUGGGCUGGAUGACAAAGGUCAGCAACGCCUACGACUGGGGCGAGAUGUGCGACCUCACCGACGAAGACAUGGAGAACCUUCUCAGGUUCUAUUCUUCCAAUACCGUUCCCACCAUCGACGACCUCAUGUCCAUGAGAGAGGAACCGGGCUUCCAGGCGGACCUGUUUGACGGUUCCUUUGGCUUCUGCGUCGGCGCAUAG